CAAUUUUCAACUGGAAAAAUGGCGAUUGGAAUCGAUUCGUCGAAAUGGAAACCUAGAAAAUUAUCUGGAACUCCGGCUGCUAAAGCCGUAAACAUACUUGGUGCAUGUGUGUUAAGUUUUGGACUUUUGUGUGGUGCAUUUUAUCAGUAUUCUAGUGCUACAAGUAAAUUAAGAAAAGCCCUUGAUCGUUUUUAUUCUGAUCCAAUAGAAGAAGUAGAAAGAAAGCUAUUAAUCGCAACGGGAUUACCUAAUAGGUCUGGUGACACUAUUAGAAAAUUGUUAGACGAAGAAGCUAGAAUCGAUUUGCCAGACAAAUAAUAUGAAUAUUGACAAUAAUAGUAGUGAAUGCCUUUCGUCAUGCGCAGUCGUAAGUGAAUAUUUUUCAAAGGAAACUGUGAUGGAUAAUAGUUUAUCCGACUUUCAGGAGAAAAAAAAAUGUAAAACUGGACCUAAGAAUAUACCGAAAAAUAAAUCAAUUAAACAAAAGAAAAAAUUGAAAAAAGUAAAAGGUCAGAGAGAUAUUAGGUCGUUGGUAAAAAAUAAAGACAGUGAAUUAGUGUCAUAUUCGAAAAUCUUUGAUCAAGUUUGUAAGAAAAGUGGCAUUGAUGUUGAUUCGGAACAAUUGCAGCUAGCUAUAACUUUAUCUAAGUCGCUUCAUGAAACAGAACUAAAAACAGGUAGUGUUUCACAAGACUCAAAACCUUUAACUCUGCUAGGAAAAGCAGCAAAGAUAAGAACUACAUUACAAGAGUAUGGUUUUAGAGUACCAAACACAAAAAUAAAUCAAGACACACGGAAAAAUAAAAGAUCUAAAAAACAAUAUAAACUGCUACUUGUAUCGGAUGAAGAGAAACAACAAAUUAUUUCUGAUAGAUAUGCUGAAGUUCUAGCCACAAAUAUAUAUAGAUCUUCUGUAAAAGAGAAAACAUCCAAUAGCAAUAAUAAUCAAGAAAUCUUUUACAAAGCUAGUAAUAUAUGUUAUGAGUUUCUGAGAAAUAAUGAUGUAUUUUAUGUUAAAGAGUUGUUUACAAAGCCUUUAUGUAAAUCUUAUUUGCUAAGAGAUUGGGCAGAAAUACCGGGCAGACCUGCAAGCCCUAAAAGAGAAGUGAGUAGUUUUAAUUUUGAGAAUAUUGAAUGUACACAAGAUGAUUUGGAUUGCAUCUUGAGUGGGUCACUACAAACCGCACAAGAUAUUAUUAACAGCAAGUAUUUCAAAAACAAUUAUUGCAACAUGGAUACAAAUGAUAAUGACAUAAGUUCAGAUAAAGUUGACUAUAUAGAGAAACAUUCAAAUAAUGACUUAGAUGACCUGAAAAGUACAAACAGUGAAAAUGUUUUUAAGAAACUCAAUAGAUCAGAGUCUAAUGUUAAUGAAGUGCUAUCGGUCGUACAAGUCAGAUGUCUAUCUCCAGAUAUAUUUGAUGACGAAAUAUCUCUUAUAUCAGAUAAUGACAUGAAACCAUUUCAAAUUAUACAACAAAGUAUAAAAAAAAUUGAUAAUAUAGAUUCUAUGGAUUUAACGGAAUGUGUUAACCAUGUUCCAGGUGAUAGUAUGUAUAAAAAUAAACAUUCACUAAGAGAAAUAAAUGAAACUAAAAGAAAAUCAAAUGAUUUAAUGGAAAUUACUGAAUGUGUUCCCAGUGAUAGACAAUAUCCUAUAGAAAAUAUUGAUCUGACUCAGAGCUAUGUAACUGAAGAAAAAGAGGCUAAUAAAUUUGAAGAUCAUUUAGUAAUGAAUUUAAAACAAUCAAAUUCUGAUGAUGACCUUUCAUCAAUAAAAGUUAUUGGCAAGAAGGAUGAUUCAAUAGAUAGUACCAUCAUUAUUAAUGAAUGUUUUGAAGUAAUUCCAAAUCUAGUAACAAACAAAGAUAGAUUGAGCUCAAAAAUUACAUCAAAAGCUGAUAGUAUUGAAUCUUAUGAGUUAAAAAAUAAUUUAAGUCAAAAGAUUACUAUUGAUAAUGCCCCAAAUCGCAGUUUAACAAAUAGUUCUACUGAAAAUGAAGACAAUUUUUCCAAAUGUUGUCAUAAUAAUUCAGCUAAACUUCAUGAUUUAGAAAUUGACUUAACACAAUCCGUUCAUUCUUAUCAUGACUUCCAACUAUCACAAAAUGUUGGCACAAAGAAGGUUAGUUCUAUAGACAAAACAAUUGAUAUUAUUGAAGAUGCUGAAUUUAAUUCAAAACCAGUUUGUAGCAUUGUUGUAACAAUUCAAGAAGAUCCAGUAAAUAAAGAUGACCAUAAUAAAUCGAAAGAUAGUAUUAAAAAUCAAAGUGUAUCUGGGUGUUUUGGAUAUAAAAAAAAUAAUAAAUUAUUCUCUGAAUUUUAUGGUCCGCUAUAUUUAAAUAAAGAAAAUGAUAACUUUAAAACAUAUGAAGAAAUAGAUUUAACUCAGCCUUUAAAUUUCGUUAAUGAACAAGUAGCAAAGGAAAAGAAAAUUUCGAUAGACAACACUGUUCCGAUUGUUGAUGAUAUUGAAUCCAAUGAAAGUCCCAUGGUUAAUGAAGAAAUAUUACAGCUGCAAAGUGAUUCUGAAAUUAUACAUAAUGAAUGUAAUAUGUCUCCAGAAAAAAAUGUAUCCGGCAGCAACGAUAAUAAUAUUAACUAUAGUCUUAAUGAAUAUGUACACAAUAAUUCUUACAUUUACGAUUUUUAUGAUGAAAACAGUUUACCAAAAGAUGAAACUCAAGAGAAAACACCCAUAGAAAAUACCUCGUCCGAUAAAUGCAUUCAUGAUAAAAGCCAGUCUUAUUCUCAGCAUCCCAAUCACAAUGCAUGUGCCUCAACAAGUUAUAGUCAUAAAAACUUAAUAAAUAAUACUGAUAAAGUUUUCGAAGAUGAGGUUGAUAACAUUGAUUUAACUCAAAAAUCAGAUUCAUCCAAUGAAGUUGUAAGUCAGUAUCAUCCAAAAACAUAUGAUCCUAACAGCCUUGGUAAAAUUAAUAAUAUAUCAAUAGAUUAUGAUGAAAUGUUUGAUGAUGUUAUUAGUACAGAAAGGAAAUAUGUCUCACAAGCUUCAAAUAACACAGCUGAUAAUUCAAACAAUGAACUAUCAAAUCCUAGUAAGACAUCAGAUGGUUUUGAAAUAUCAGACAAAGAAUUCAACUACUCCUUGCAACAGUCAAGACAUAAUUUUGAUAUUGGUGGCUUAUCAAUAAUGGAUAAUGUUUCUGAUUUAAAAUUACAAUCCAUUAAUAAAAGUAAUAAUUCUGGGGCAAAAUUAAAUAGGUCACAUAGCGAUAGUGACUUACCGUCUAUUCAUGUUAAUAAGGUGAUAUCUUGUACACCUAAACAAGUAAAAUCAAACAAUUUUGCCUCUCAAAUAUGUACAACUGUGAUAAAUGAAUGUUUAAUAAAAGAAGUUCAAAAAACUCCCAGUAAUAGUGAAUUUAUAAUAAAAACAAAUGACGUAACUCCAAUGUUGGAUUAUGAAUCAAUGUCAUCGCCUGAAAGAAAUAGGGAAUUAGAAAAAUACGGACUAAAACCAUUUAAAAGGAAAAGAGCUAUACAACUUCUGAAACAUCUAUACAAUCAAACUCAUCCAGUAGUAGAAUCAUGUGAAGUAGAAGAAUGCUCAUCGCCAUCAAAGAAAAGAAAAUAUGACAUUGGAACUAAACAAUAUAUUUCACCAGAAAAAUCUAAGAAGUCACCUAGGAAACAGCUCUCUGCUAGUUUUGAAGAAAUUCAUAAAGAAAAUACAUUGUACGCGAUGACAAAAGAAAUUCCCGAUUUAAGAGAAAUUAAAUGUGUCCCAGAUGAGUGGGUGUUCCAAAAGAGAGAGAAGGCAAAGAUGCAUUCUUGUAAAGUUCCAUUACAUAUUGCUUUUCACAAUUAUGUGUCAUGCCGACAACUAUUGAGGGAAGCGAUACUGCGGUAUGAACCAGUUAACAUCGAUGUAAUACAUAAAGAUCUCGUUGCUUACGGAUAUAAAUACAAUCCUAAGGAUCUUCUAAGGUUUAUGGACAAGAAGUGCAUAACAGUAAAAACAGCAGAUAAUAACUCAAAAAAUAGAAAAUUAUAGCAUCAACCCUAGAAUAGAUCAUGACUGUUAGAUUCUAAAGUAUAAUAUAUUUUUUACCAUUUACCAGACA